AUGGCCAUUGUUAAAGGCUUCGGAUUAGACGACAAGCUCAUGGUAGUAACUCUCGCCUUCUUCACAGCAUACCUAGCCUGCCAGCUCGGCGGUGCAGCCCAUGGUACUGGCCAACACCGUUCAGCACUCACGGACGAACAAGCGCAAACUGCCCUACACUUUUGGUAUUUCUGCGAAAUAUUUUACACCAUAUCGACGUGUCUCUUAAAGUUGGCCGUCGGAUUCUUCUUGCUGCGCAUAACAGUGCACAAGUGGCACAUUUGGAUCAUCCGCUUGAUCAUGGCCGUUGCCGGUUUCUUAGGCAUCGGGUACACCGCAUUGGUCAUCUUCCAGUGCAAACCAAUCUCGUACUGGUGGGAUCUUGACCCUACCCAUGAGGGGAAAAUGCCUGGACGCCUCACUUACUGGACGUUUGGCAUCCUGCCCGUUCUUAUUGUCAAGGAUCUGCAAAUGAAGAAGCGCAUGAAGGUGGUUGUUUCUGGUGUCAUUGGGCUGGCAGCAAUCGGCUCUACUGCAACAAUCAUCCGCUUGCCUUACACAUCUACCCUCAAGCCAUACAAGGGCGAUUUCCUGUAUCGCACGACUGACUUCGCCAUCUGGACCACCGUCGAAGUCGGCAUCGGUAUCACAGCCGGUUGCAUCGCGUGUCUCAAACCCCUCGUCAAAUCCAGCUUCCUUUCUACUCGAUCAGGACAGAAAUCUACCGGGAACCCUUGGAGCAAAGGCACAGGAAGCAGGCUUGGAAGCAAGAUUGGUGGAACCAAUGGCAGGCAGACUCCCAUAGGAGGACUCGAAAUGAAGCCAGUCGUUGUUGCCAAGAACACUACGACAACUACGGUCACGGCUGGGAGGAGUAGUAGCGACUCAGACGAAAAAGAUCUCGUGAAUAACGGCAUGACGGUGGGAAGUUGGGAUAAUGCGAUCAGCAAAAGUGUGACCACUACGGUUGUGGAGGAGCGUAUGGAUGACCGUGCUGGUCGUGCAACACGCAGACCUGAGCCAAGCGAUAUCACCAUCCAGCGCAGACGAAAUGGUAGCCCGGGGGGAGAUAGUGGGUCGACCCUUCAUGACGACGAAAGACGAGGGCCAGUACGAGCAUAUGGAGCGUUUUAG